AUGACAAAAAAGUUUUUCCAUCCUGCCAGUAAAGAAAACAUCAAACGGGUAUGGAUUGCAGAACAGAAGACAACAUACGACAAAAAGAAACAAGAAGAAUUACUUGCUCAGUAUCAGAAAGAACAGGAGUUAUAUGGCAACAGGGCUCUGCUCGGUGAUGAAAAGGCUAAAGUUGGUCUCAGCUUUAUGUACGAUGCACCACCAGGACUGAAAAAGAAAGAAAUUGAAGAACCUGAUCAAGAGUGUAAAUUUGAAUGGCAGAGAAAAUACAAUGCUCCAAGAGAAGCUUAUGCCAAAAACGACGAUACGAUCCGUGAUCAGCCAUUUGGAAUUGAGGUGAGAAAUGUACGUUGCAUCAAAUGCCGAGAGUGGGGCCAUGUGAACACUGACAAAAUCUGUCCCCUUUAUGGAAAGAACCUCACAGCAGAGCCUCCACAACCACAGAGCAAUUCCCUUUUAGAAAGCAUGCAGGAAGAUGGUUUGGUGUUGAAGAAGAGCAUCUUGGGAAGGUUAAUUGACCCAACCACAUCAGAUCAGAGAGAUGUUAAAAUUGAAGAAGAUGUGAACGACCCUGAAGUUCAGUUUUUGAAGUCCCUUUCAGUUGACCAGAAAAAAAAAUUGCUCAAGAAACUUACAAAAAUGCACACAAAGGACAGUUCUUCCAAAAAGAGGGAGAAGAAAAAAUCAAAAAGAAAGAAGAAACAUUCAAAGAACACUCAAUCAGAUGACAAUCUUCACCACAAGCAUUCCAAGAAGUCUAAACACAGUGAAAGGAAGAGAAGGAAGCGGAAAACAUCUGGUUCUGGAACUGACACUUCGAGCAGUGAUUCCGAAUCCAAUUCUGAUGAUGAAUACCAGAGAAAGAAAAAGAAGAAGAAGAAGAAGACAACGAAAAACAGCAAGAAGGCAACGCCAAGCUGUGAUAAUUGGGAGGGAGAGGGGGCAAAGAAAAAGAAGAAAAAAGAGAAGAAAAAGAAGAAGAAACGAGAAGCUUCCCCUUCUAGCAGUAGCAGCAGCAGCAGCACUGAAUCAGGGUCAUCAUCAUCAUCUUCAGAAUCAGACGAUGAUUGUAAACCGGUUCGAUCACAACAUGAUAAGACUCUUCCAAAUCGAGGCCACUCUUCAGAGCAUCCAACCAAUCUGUAUCGGAAUCGGAGUCCUCCUUCCAUAAACAGAAAGAUCUCGUCUCACACCAAAACUGGGAGUUCAUAUUUGCGAUACAAAAACAGUUACAGGGAAGAGGAAAGAUCCACACACAGUCGGAGCAGAUCUCGUGAACGAGUCUUGGGCAGACAUCAAAGCAAAGCCGAGAGACAGAGGCAAGAGCGAGUGGAUCGGAGCAGAUCCAGGGAUAGGCAGACUGAUCAGAUCAGGUCCAGGGAUAGGCAGACUUAUCGGAGCAGGUCUAGGGAUAGGCAGAUGGAUUGGGGCAGGCCUGGGAGAAAACCAAUUCUUGAUUCCUAUCCUUUGAUUCUUCAUUCUCUUUCUUUGAUUCUUCAUUCUCCUUCUUUGAUUCUUCAUUCACUUUCUUUGAUUCUUCAUUCCCCUUCUUUGAUUCUUCAUUCCCCUUCUUUGAUUCUUCAUUCCCCUUCUUUGAUUCUUCAUUCCCCUUCUUUGAUUCUUCAUUCUCCUUCUUUGAUUCUUCAUUCCACUUUUUGA